GGGGGGGGGGGGGGGGGGGGGGGGGGGGGCACAUUGUUUUCAUACGGAACUUUGACAGUUGCUAGAUUUCAAAAUACACUCACUCAUCCUCACAUACUGGUACAACAGUCAUUUCAUCUUUACACAAUAUCCUAUACUUCUAAUAAGUUAGAUUCAGCUUCUCUGUAUUGGGCCAGUGGCCACAUAAAACCAAAAAUAUCUGCACGGCUAGAAAGGACUCAUUUAUUUUAUUUUUUUUCCAUAGUUUCUUCUGAAUUUGCAGUCAUCCAAGGAAGUGCAAUCUAAAAGCAAUACUAGUUGGACUAAAAUGAUUGACUUUAAUUUGAUCUGAACAGGCGAGAAAUCAUCCCAGAAUGAUCCUUUAACUGUGAGAGUACUGAUGGUGCCAGUCUUAAUUAAUGUGAUCUGUUAAAUCUACGUUCGCAUACAGUAAGUGUGGCCUUUCCAGACCAAACCUACCUGGAACGAUACGGUGGUUAUGGUAAAUGUGUCACGAGGGCAGUUUUGAGGGUAUUUUCUAAGUCCUUAUGCCUCUCCACCAGAUCAAAGGGCAAAGGGAGUGUGUGUACAACGAGAAUAACAUGAUCAUUUUGUUUUGUUGUCAAUGUUUUGAUGAAGAUCCGCUUAAUAAAGGUCACAUGGUUUAGAUUGCGUGCAGGUGUUUUGUCUGCGCAUCCCUGUGGUGUAUUUAUCCGAGGUUUAAGAUGAGGUCAAAUGGAAUAAUAAAGAGACGGAGCUGUGACGUGGUCAGCACGUCCAAUUUAUGCUCAUCUACUAAGAACAUGAGUCGGCUUGUUUGUGAGGAAAUCCCCACCUACUGUGAGUGGGCGAAGGGGAAGUAAACUAUGUUGGAGCGUAUAUAUAGUAAACCCCAGACAGCAGUCAGUAGCAACAGUCUCUCAGGAGGAAUCAAUAUGAAGCUGUCUUCUGUUGUCCAAGCUUUGGGAUUUCUGUGUCUGCUUCUUGCAAAUGGAUUUCCAGUUUAUUCUUCAGUUCCUGGUGAAUUUCCAAAGAUCAUCGGGCCAGACCAGGUCAAAAUAGAAUCGCAUCCAGGCGAGCAGCUGGUUCUUCACUGUGAUGCCCUUUCAAACUGUGAAGAUGACAUCACUCUUAUCUACUGGCUCGUCAAUGGCUCUUUCCCUGAAGAGAGUGACGGCAGGAUAGUGGAAUCAAAUGAGUCAACGUUAGAGGAGAAUACAAUCCUACACAGGAGUCUGCUUUUGAAGAAUGUCACAUCAGAGGACCUCAGAUCCACCUUCACAUGUGUGGUGACGAAUGCUGUGGGAAUGGCCCACAAGCGCAUAACGUUAGCUACUAACACCAGUGGCUGCAGCGGUGCUUGACUGAACGGCAUUGCUGUAAAAUGUGGAUUUUCCCUGGAGUGGCAAAAUGAGCAUCAGCAUUAUAUGUGAAUUCACUACUUUAGGUGAUUUAUUUUUUUUCUAAUAGAUGGUGGAAUGUACAAAACCUGGACUGUAUUUUGUUCCUCAACAUCACAUCACACAUUUGAUAGGUUUAUCUUCAGUGAGAGUUAACAUUUAAAAUACAUUGUCUUAUGCUUUUAAUGUUUACAUGGCGCAUGGUCCAACUUUUUAUCCAGAAAAACUUAGGGAAUUCAAUUUGCCCUUACUAAGAACUGGAGAAGACUUACAAAAGAAGAACACUAUAUCACUUACAUAUUAUUCAUACUUGUGUAUCAUCUCAGCGUUUUCUGACAUGUUAACUGUGUUUUAUUGAAA